AUCCGUUUUAAGUGUCUACACUGAUUUCCUAGAAACCAUAACCUACUACAAGAUACAGAGACUGGACUUUGUCCCCUUUCUUCUACACAUUAUAAACUUCUGUGGCUCUCGGAAACCAUUAUUAAUAAUUUUAAUAAAAAUCAAACUUCUUGUAUGAUCUUCAUUAAUUUUGAAAAGGCUUUUAACUUGAGCUGGCCUUCGCAUCCAGAUCAGAUUUUUUUUCCCAGUAUGCUGCCAUAACGGUUUGCUUCUAGUUCAUGGUUUUCUUAAACAGGAUUCUACAAACAACAGUUAAUAAUUCCCUUCUUUUAUGCAGACACUAAUGGUUUACACUCCAUGCUGAUAAGACUAGUAAGACCGUAGCUGUUAGGAUUGGUCUAAGUAAUAAUAAGUAUCUACCAUGGCGUAAUCUCUAUCUCUUUUAAUGUUCACAUAUAACGUGUUCUCAUACAACAAACACUAUAAUAUCGAUGCACCUGCAAUAGCCAAGAAGGUCAGAGAAGAAGAUAAUAUAAUAAACUGAACAAUAGUAAGGUGUGAUAAUAAGAUCCACGCAGUAGAUCUAUAAAUGAAUGAAAAGAAACCUUGUACAUCCACACAACUGAUAACACACAAUGAAUUCAAAACCAUCCCAGUAUUGUUCGAAUAGACCAAGAAAGAGUUUAGAGUGGAUAGAGUCAAGACUAUCACAUUACGUCUCGAAAAUGGCCGGAUCUAACUGGGAUAUUGUCUUAGACUUUGGAUGUGGUCCAGGCAACGUCACCAAAAACAUUCUUUUAUCACACUGUCCAAACUUGACAAAAAUCUUUGCCAUUGAUAUUCUGCCAGCAUUUGUUGACUUCGCUAAGGAAACAUACGGUCAUGAAAGGAUUGAAUAUAUGGUUUUAGACAUAAUACAAAGGACCCCCCCCGCAAUGGGUCAAGAUGUUUGACAAAGUCUUCGCUUUCUUUUCUCUUCAAUAUGUCAAAGAUUUAAAAAAAUUUCUGAAGAUACUUCGUGGUGUUUUAAAACCAGGUGGCUACUUUCUCUCUUUCGGUAUAGCCUCAGAUCCCCAGUUUUCUGUUUGGUUAGAUAUGUCAAUGAAGGAAGAGUGGAAACAGUAUUUCAUCGGUAUAGAAAAAUACAUUCCGUUUACCCAUAUGUCGAAAGAUUAUUAUAGUGAAUUCAAUAAAUUGGCAGAAGAAUGUGGAUUUAUCCCCAUUGCUGUAACUUCAAGUAGGGAAUCCUUUACAAUUGAUUCAGAAAAACAGUUUAAGGAUUUCUUUGAAUCCGUUUUGCCCGAAGAAAUCGUUAAACAAAUACCAUUGGAAAAUGUCGAAAAAUUCUUGGAAGACUAUUGGAAUACAUUUCAGAAAUAUGAAGUAACUCACAAUGCUGAUGGAACAAUCACCGUUCAUAAUACUGUUCUAGAGAUUUGUUUUCAGUCUAAACAUUCUAAUUGAAUUCUGUUAACAUGACUUAGACAAUAUACUCUUAAGAUGUUAUUAGUUAUCAGAUUAAAUCAAGACUAAUUGUAGUGUUAGAGAAAAACAGAGUUGUAAGUUAAUCUAGAACUUUAAUAAAGUGGAUUAUU